AUGAACUUACAGACGAACAACGACAUGAACAUACAGACGAACAACAUGAACAUACAGACGAACAACAUGAACAUACAGACCAACAACGACAUGAACAUACAGACGAACAACAACAUGAACAUACAGACCAACAACGACAUGAACAUACAGACGAACAACGACAUGAACAUACAGACGAACAACAACAUGAACUUACAGAUGAACAACAACAUGAACAUACAGACCAACAACGACAUGAACAUACAGACCAACAACGACAUGAACAUACAGACCAACAACAUCAGGAACUUACAGAUGAACAACAACGAACAACGACAUGAACAUAUAGACCAACAACGACAUGAACAUACAGACCAACAACAUCAGGAACUUACAGAUGAACAACAGCAUGAACAUAUAGACGAACAAUGUCAUAAACAUACAGACGAACAACGUCAUGAACUUACAGACGAACAACGUCAUGAACAUACAGACGAACAACGUCAUGAACAUACAGACGAACAACGUCAUGAACAUACAGACGAACAACGUCAUGAACAUACAGACCAACAACGACAUGAACAUACAGACCAACAACGUCAUGAACUUACAGACGAACAACGUCAUGAACAUACAGACGAACAACGUCAUGAACUUACAGACGAACAACGUCAUGAACAUACAGACGAACAACGAUAUGAACUUACAGACGAACAACGACAUGAACAUAUAGACGAACGUCAUGAACAUACAGACAAACAACGACAAGAACAUACUGAUGAACAUACAGACGAACAACAACAUGAACUAACAGACGAACAACAACAUGAACAUACAGACGAACAACGUCAUGAACAUACAGACGAACAACAACAUGAACAUACAGACGAACAACAUGAACAUACAGACGAACAACGUCAUGAACAUACAGACAAACAACGACAAGAACAUACAGACGAACAACAACAUGAACAUACAGACGAACGACAACAUGAACUAACAGACGAACAACAACAUGAACAUACAGACGAACAACGAUACGAGCAUACAGACGAACAACAACAUGAACAUACAGACGAACAACAACAUGAACUAACAGACGAACAACAACAUGAACAUACAGACCAACGACAUGAACAUAUAGACGAACAACGACAUGAACAUUCAGACGAACAACAUGAACUUACAGAUGAACAACAUGAACAUACAGACGAACAACGACAUGAACAUACAGACGACCAACAACAUGAACACAGAUGA